AAGGACUUCUACGAGCUCUUCGGCGUCGCGCGCGGGGCGUCCGAGUCGGAGAUCAAGAGCGCGUACCGAAAGCUCGCGCUCAAGCUCCAUCCGGACAAGAACACCGCGCCGGGGGCGGAGGACGCGUUCAAGAAGGUGAACAAGGCUUGGGACAUCUUGAGCGACCGGAAUAAGAGGGCGACGUACGACGCCUACGGCGAGGCCGCCGCG